UCAGUGACGACAGAUGUUUGUUUGGGGUUUUUUCCUAAUCUCCACAUUGUGGACACACCCUUCGAUCGCCCUGGACGACCAGUGCGUAAGUGCGUGUGUGUGUGUGUGUGUGUGUGUGUGUGUUGGGGUCGCGCGGUGAGAGUUCCCCCCGUGUCACCAGCUCAGCCGGUGGUGGGCUGAUUUAUCUGGAGGAAUUUUACGCAAACACCGGAGUCGACCAGGCGGAUCAGACACAGCGUCCUACAACAGGAAGAGGUCCUCACGAGUGUUCGGGAUUAUUUUUUUAAAAAAAAAGAAAGAAAAAGAAAAGAAAAUUAAAAAAGUUUUCUUCACAUGACCGGAUUUAUCCAGGUUACAGUUGUCCCACCCUGACCGCAGCCUCAGUUCUUCAGUUGGCCAUGGCGGUGCGCUCACGGACCGGGUUUUACCGGCAGGAGGUCAACAGGACCGUGUGGGAGGUUCCGGAGCGGUACCGGGACUUGAAGCAGAUCGGGACGGGAGCCUAUGGAACCGUGUGCUCAGCCUGGGACCGACGUUCAGCGACGCAGGUCGCCAUCAAGAAGCUGCACCGACCAUUUCAGACCAAACUCUUCGCCAAAAGAGCGUACAGAGAGCUGCGGCUGCUCAAACACAUGAAGCACGAAAAUGUGAUUGGACUGCUGGACGUUUUCACAGCGGAGAUCGCACUGGACCGGUUACGUGACUUUUACCUGGUGAUGCCGUUUAUGGGCACUGACCUCGGCAAGUUGAUGAAGCUGGAGCGCCUGACGGAGGACAGGGUGCAGUUCCUGGUCUAUCAGAUGAUGAGGGGCCUGAAGUACAUCCACUCCGCAGGGAUCAUUCACAGGGACCUCAAGCCUGGAAAUUUGGCCAUAAAUCCAGACUGCGAGUUAAAGAUCCUUGACUUCGGCCUGGCGAGGCAGGCGGACGCAGAAAUGACCGGCUACGUUGUGACUCGCUGGUACAGGGCACCAGAGGUCAUCCUCAACUGGAUGCACUACACUCAGACUGUGGAUAUCUGGUCCGCGGGCUGCAUCAUGGCCGAGAUGCUGCUGGGAAAACCGCUGUUCAAGGGAAACGACCACCUGGACCAGCUGAGAGAAAUCAUGAAGAUCACAGGAACUCCAGCGGCCGACUUUGUUGUGAAGCUACAAAGCCAAGACGCCAAAAACUACAUCAGGAGUUUACCUAAAGUGCCGAAAAAGGACUUACACUCCAUUUUCUCUAAAGCCAGCUCCAACGCGGUGUGUGUCCUGGAGAAGAUGCUGCUCCUGGACCCUGAGCAGAGGGUGAGUGCCUCGGAGGCGCUGGAGCUGCCGUUCUUCAGCGAGUUCAGGGACACGGACGAGGAGACAGAGGCGCUGCCGUACGACCAGACCAUCGACAACAUGGACCUGCAGCUGGACCAGUGGAAACGUCACACGUUCACAGAGAUCCUGACCUUCAGGCCGCCCAAAGACCCCAGGGAGACGUCACUUUAACAGCCUCGAAGAACAGCGCCACCACCACCGCCACCACUCUUGACCCCGCUCUCUAGCGCCCUCAGGACAUGUGUGUAUUUGUACAGAAGUAAUAAUAAUUCCUGUUGCGUUGGCGUCUACUGAACUGAGUUCCAGAAGGUCAGGAGUCUCUGACUACGGUCGUGUGUUUCUACAUCCUUUUUUAAAAAAGGAAGUACAAAUUUUAACGUUUUGCAAUUUGUCAAUUGUACAGCAGUGUUCUUUCUACAUGCAUUUCAUUUUUGUUAUUAAAAAUGGGUUAUUUUCAUUUUGUUUGAUACCAAAGGGCGAGGCCACACCGUAAAUAAUAUGGUUGGUUUGAGGUUGAUUUUUGUCUUAUAAAGCAUUUUCUUUUUAA